AUGAAGCAGGUGCAGGAUGCCGUCGUCGACAUGUACGAGAAGCUGCCCGUCCCGUACGGCCUCGUGCGCUUCGGCGUCGCGCCCGACCACCCCGAAGUCAAGAACUGCCAGGACACCUUCGAAGAGGUCGCCGCGAGCCCCCGCUUCAACUACAUCGGCAACGUCGAGGUUGGCACGACGCUGGCGCUGUCCGACCUGAAGCCGCACUACGAUGCCAUUUUGUUCGCCUAUGGGGCGUCCGAGGACCGCCGGCUGGGCAUCCCGGGCGAGGACUUGCCUGGUGUCUAUUCCGCGAGGGAGUUUGUGGGCUGGUACAACGGGCACCCGCAGUUCGCUCACUUGAAGCCGGAGCUGGACCAGGGCGAGUGCGCCGUCAUCGUCGGCCACGGCAACGUAGCGCUCGACGUCGCGCGCAUCCUCGUCUCCCCGCUGGCUCAACUCCGCAAGACAGACAUAGCCGACCACGCCGUCGCCGCCUUGGCCCGCAGCACCAUCACGCGCGUCGAGGUUGUUGGGCGACGCGGGCCCCUGCAGGCUUCAUACACGGUCAAGGAAGCUCGGGAGCUUAUGCAGUUCGACAGGGUCGGAUUCGAGAGCGCUGGGCUUCACAAGUUCUACCCCGAAAAUACCAAAACGCUGCCGCGCGUGCAGCAACGCCUCGCAGAUGUCCUUCUAAAAGGCUCGCCAGUGAAAGCCCAUGACUACAAGAAACGAUGGCAGCUGUCCUUCAUGCAGUCACCGCACGCGAUGCACGUCAAGAAAAACCGCUUCGGCGAGCCAAUCGGGGACCGUGUUCACUCGAUUGACUUCCAGAAGACCGAAUUCGUGCCCGGCGCAGACCCCAUGUCAAAGGACGCCCGAGUGCAGCUCACAGACGAGAUUGUCACUUCGGAAGCAUCCAUGGUGUUUAGGUCGAUAGGCUACAAGUCUACCCCUUUGCCCGGUCUGUCCGAUCUCGGCGUCCCGUUUGAUGAGAGACUCGGCAUCAUCCCGAACGACGCCCAUGGCCGUGUCAUAUCGCCCUCGGCAGGCCCUGGGAAUCUAUCCGCGGGCCAUCUCCCCGGGCUGUACGCGGUCGGAUGGGUCAAGCGCGGGCCAACCGGUGUCAUCGUCAGCACAAUGAUGGACGCAUUCACGACUGCAGAUGUCAUUGUCCAGGACUGGAGCGCUAGCUCGCCUUUCCUGAACGGCGAGAAGGGCCGGAGCGCAAGCACAGGACUGGGCUGGGACGGAGUCAAGGACAGCGUGGUGGCUCAGGGCGUUACGCCAGUCGACUGGGAAGCGUGGAAACGCAUCGACAAGGCGGAGCGGGAGCGGGGCAAGGAAAAGGGCAAAGUGAGGUUGAAGUUUGUGGACGAAGAAGAAAUGAAGGUUGCGGCUGGCCUGGCAUAA